CAAGAAAAUAGUCCAGGUUCCUUUAUUUUCAUUUUUUUCGCUUUUUUUUUCUUUCUUUCUUUCAUAUUUUUCAUGUCGAAAAAGACACAAGCAGCCGAAGUUCUCGUUAAGCUCUUAGUAGGUGCCGGAAAGGCUUCUCCUAGUCCUCCCGUCGGUCCUGCCCUUGGUGCCCGUGGUGUCAAGUCUAUGGAUUUUUGUAAACAAUUUAACGAUAAAACAAAACACAUUGUUCCAGAAACACCUUUACCUACUGUCAUUACUAUUAAGCCUGACCGUACUUUUACCUUUGUCGUCAAAUCACCACCCACCACCUACUUUUUGAAAAGAGCUGCUGGUAUCACAAAGGGUGCCCAAACACCUGGCACUGAAGUAGUCGGUUCAGUUACUUUGAAGCAUGUCUAUGAAAUUGCCAAAAUUAAGCAACAAGAUGCCAAUUUGAAGCAUUUAUCACUUGAAAGCAUCUCUAGCAGUAUUAUUGGUGUCGCAAAGAGUGUGGGUAUUCAAGUUGUUCAUUAAAUUACGCAUAAAAAAUUCCAUUAUGCUCAACCAAAGAGCAACCUAUCUGUAUUAUAGAAAUAAACGAGAACAAGUAAUAUCAAGGAUAUAUAUAUAGAAUCACAAGCUUAUAGCUGUACAGCAAUUGUUAUCAUUAAAGAGAUGAAUUCUUUCAUAUGCU